AUGGACUCAACACUGAAUCACCGGCCAUGGGCUCCAUAUACAGCUGGGCCACAAAACCCUUCAGUCACAGCUUCUUCGCAAACCCUUCCCUCGAUUUCUACAUUGACUGCCAACAUUGGCCAUACAUCAGUUCCAGCAGAGAAGUCUCCAGGGAAUGCAUCUCUGAAUACAAUUGAACGUGACUCGGGGAAUUGGUCAAUGCCUCAAAGAUCCUCGACCUACUCUACGGCAACGAAUGGGACUGGCCCUGCCCCUAACCAACCUACACUCAACUUCCUCACGACUUCGCAUCCCUCCCCCCAGCGCAGUUCGUACGUAUCUGAUCGUUCUCCUUAUCCCGGCGACCAGUCGCACACAACCACACCUCCCUCCGCUGGGGCGCAACCGUCUCCAAACUUUGUUUCUUCACAACCAACUUCAACGCUACCCUCUCUCAACCAAAACUACGACACACCCUCACACCGGAGUAGUGUCGCGGAGCCCGUUGAAUCUCGGCGGAGCAGUGUUGACAGCAGGGUGAAUCAAGGGAUCAGCUCCCUGGCCAUAAAUAAUCCCGCCUCUCCGUAUCAUAGCACGAAUGCUUCUCAAACCUCGAUUGUGUCGAGUUUGCAAAGAGAGCGCGGGAUAUCCACAGAUACCAAUGCAUACCGAGGACCCCGUUACUCAGGAGCUUCACCUCUAUCCCCGUUGUCAUCGCGAGAGCAGCGCCCUGCGGCUGGCCGCACUGCACCCGCUAUCUCGUCAAACCCUCGAUCCGAAAUUUACAAUGCCGAGGCUCCUACUGCUGGUCUCGCCUAUGCUUUCCCUGAUCCAGACGUCUCGACGCGUGGAGAUUCUCUUGAACAGAGCUCCUUUUCUAGGAGACCGAGCGCUACCGAAUCUAUGUCUAGUAUGUACUCUGAUUCUCGGCUACCUCAAGGCCAACAUGAACUACCUCAAAGCAUACACCAUCACAGUUUACAGCAUAGACAAGUCCGUGGUCUCAUCGGAGAAGCAGAUCCAAACUCUGGCGCCACCCCUUACAGCAGGACACCCGAGCUUAGGGUCACACACAAGCUGGCAGAAAGAAAGCGUCGCAGUGAGAUGAAAGAUUGCUUCGAGUCAUUGCGAGUUCGUCUCCCUUCGGGUCAGAACAAUAAGUCUAGCAAAUGGGAGACAUUGACAAGAGCCAUUGAAUAUAUUACGCAGUUGGAGGGGUCACUUUCGUCGGCUCACAGGGAGAUAGACAUGAUGCGCCGCGAAAUAGACGAUCUGAGGCGCAAUCCACAACAAUCAAAUGGUCAACAUCGACCACCGACUAUUUUCGAGAACCAACAAAUGCCCGCGCCAACGAAUGGCCAAACACAUGGGCCAGUGUUUUCUGGUUAUAAUGGGGGGCCGGGAAUGGGACAAGAACAGCCGCGUACUUUACCCCCGCUCAUCAACGGCUCUGCUGCACCAAUGCAAGGCGUGCAGUACACUGAUGACCACCGGUAA